UUUUGGAUACAGAGGUAAAGAAGAGGCAUCAGCGCUGCCAUGGCUUUUCGGCGGAGGACCAAGAGCUACCCGUUCUUCAGCCAGGAGUUCCUCAUCCAGAACCAUGCCGACAUUGUGUUUUGUCUGGUAUUGUUCGUAUUGAUUGGGUUGAUGUUCGAGGCCACUGCGAAAACAGCCUUCAUGUUCAUCCUUCCUCAGUACAACACCAGCACACUUUCCCCAGAGGGGGAGGUGUCAUUAUAUCACUAUGGAUGGAGGGACUGCAUCACCAUCCUCUUCUACUGCCUCAUCACAAUCAUCCUCCAUGCUGUGGUACAGGAGUAUAUCCUUGAUAAGGUGAACAGGCGCCUCCAUCUCUCGAAGAGUAAGAACACAAAGUUCAAUGAGUCGGGGCAGUUGUGUGUCUUUCACCUUGUGUCUUCUGUGUGGGCGUUAUACAUUCUCAUCACGGAAGGAUAUAUUCUAAAUCUCAGUAGCUUGUGGAAAAACUAUCCUCAUCUUCACCUCAGGUUCCAGGUGAAGUUUUACUACCUCUCCCAGCUGGCCUACUGGCUCCAUACCUUACCUGAACUUUAUUUCCAAAAAGUCAGGAAGGAGGACAUUCCUAGACGGCUACAGUACAUCUCUUUGUACCUGCUUCACAUCAUGUUGGCAUAUCUGCUAAAUUUGACUCGACUGGGCCUGGUGUUGCUCUUCCUGCAGUAUCUGUCAGAGUUGGGUUUUCACUUGUCCCGUCUCUUCUACUUCGUAGAUGAGAGCCACCACAAGCUGUUUAACUUGUGGGCAGGGAGCUUUGUGGUCACGCGGAUGGUGACUCUCAUCCUGCUGUUUCUGGUGGUUGGAUUUGGAUUGGCCAGAGUGGAGAAUCAGUACAUGGACUGGGAGGCUGGGAGCUUCAACACACUCUUAAUUAGGAUGGUGGUUCUGCUGGUGGUGUGUCUGACCCAGGCUUGGCUCCUGUGGAGGUUCAUUCACUUCCAGCUACGGCGCUGGCGGGAGGGCAUGAAAGAGCAGGCUGCACGCAAGAGGGUCUUGGCAAAGCAGCCCUCACGCACAGUCAAGAGGGAUGUUGGAGGACACUAUGAGAAUGGCAUGGUAAAGUCUGAGAAGAAAAUGAAGGUACCUUAACCAUGUCCCCAGUCCUGGGCUGACCUGGAUGUGGAUCACUAAUGGAAUAGGAAGCUGGCUGAUGGUCAUACUCCAGUUUGGGUUCCUGGAGACAAAAAGGUGCUGAAUACUUGGUUACCCAGGGCAUUGCUCUGAAGAACGGUAACCAGUGUUCUUGAACCCUAAUGGACUUUUGCAUCAGUAUUUUUUUUUUUUUUUUCCUCCCCCUUCCUCUUAAGUACCAUAUGGGCUGUGCUUCAGACCCAGUUCUCCCCAACCUCAUAUAUGUGCAAGUCAUGCCUACCAUGUUUCACUGCAAAGUUACUGCCAUCUUUAUUUCAUGUACUACACCCAUAAGCACUCCCAAUGCUCCCAGCACCCUCACCGCAUUUUGACUUUAAGGGAAUAUUGGCAGCGCUUUCUCUAUACAGCCUUGAAGACUGAAGUGCACCGUGGUUAUUUGGCACUUCCCGCAGUCUAAUGCAGUCGUCACCUGCUGACAAACUUGCAGCAGUGUGUAUUGCUGGUCAUUCCACUGGCAGCCCACUCUCCUGACCAGGAAUGGACUCUUUCAGAAGACUGCUCAUACCUCACUUUAACCAUUUGCUUGGAGAUGUGUCAAAUGUGAAUUAUACUGGAAUGUUACUUGCUGGUUUUUUUUUUUUCCCUCCUCCUCUCAGUACAGCAAUUCCUUUUUUAAAGGUCUUUCUGUAUGAGGCAUGGAUUGCUUUCAUUUUCAGCUGGCACCAAAUGAGCACAAAUUCUUUGCACAAAUUGCAAUCAAAGCAUAAUUAUAUCCAACAGUAUAGUCAAGUAGGGUUAUUUUAAUUUCUUUUAAAUGUUUGCAUCCUUGAAGUCAUGUUGACAGUAAGUGCUGACCCUGAUUGUACCACCUUAAAAUGGGAAAUAAAGAUAAUGUACAUAAGUCACUUAAGCUUUAAUUUGGCAAA